AAAGCGUAAACGAAUAAAAACAAAAAGACAUAAAUUUCAAAAAAUUUAGUAAAGUAAAAAAUUAAACAAAGCAAUAAUUGAGUUGAUUUGCUGGGGGUGAAGUGAUAGUGAAGUGGUAGCUCAAUUGCGUAACAAACAGAAUCGAAAAAUUCAUUGACCUUCACUAUGAACUUUGCUGGCAAAGUUGUGCUUAUCACUGGCGCUAGUUCCGGUAUUGGAGCCGCAACAGCCGUAAAAUUCGCCAAAUUAGGUGCUGUGCUAGCCUUGAAUGGACGCAACGAAGCCAAUUUGGAAGAAGUUGCUAAAAAAUGUGCUGCAGUUGGACAAAAACCACAUUUAGUUAUUGGUGAUGUAUCCAAUGAAGCCCAAACCAAAUGUGUUUGGCAAGAUACCAUUGAUAAAUAUGGCAGACUUGAUGUUUUAGUAAAUAAUGCGGGCAUCAUUGAAACUGGUACAAUCGAGAACACUAGUUUGGAGCAAUAUGAUCGUGUUAUGAAUACAAAUUUGCGAGCAAUAUAUCAUUUAACAAUGCUGGCGGUGCCGGAAUUAAUAAAAACAAAGGGAAAUAUUGUCAAUGUUUCCAGUGUGAAUGGUAUACGUUCGUUUCCCGGUGUUCUAGCAUAUAAUAUAUCUAAAAUGGGUGUAGAUCAGUUUACGCGCUGUAUUGCCUUAGAACUGGCAGCAAAAGGUGUGCGUGCAAAUUGUGUAAAUCCAGGGGUGACCGUGACGAAUCUGCAUAAACGUGGCGGCAUGGAUGCGGAAGCAUAUGCAAAAUUUUUAGAACAUUCAAAAACUACUCAUGCACUUGGUCGCCCUGGUACUGCUGAUGAAGUAGCUAAUGCUAUUACAUUUUUGGCUAGCGAUUUAGCAACGUUUAGCACAGGCGUUAGCUUACCUGUUGAUGGCGGCAGACAUGCAAUGUGUCCACGUUAAAUGAGAAAUCGAAUCAUCUUUCGAAAUUUUUAACACAAUGAAAUUUAUGUGCAUUUAUUAAUAUUAAAGUAAAUAAAAAUUUUUGUAAAUUA